UUGCCGACGUUGGUCUGCUUGCUCCCGAUUCACAGGCGUGGCUGUCUCGUUGAUGGCCGGACAUUAACGUCGUUUUCGCACCCUGAACUCUGAAUCGACGCUCUCGAAAUCACUGAGCGAGCAAAGGGAAUCGGAAUAAAGCUCGUGUAAUUCGAUGAAUAGCUUGCGUCGACGUUGUGGCUUGCUUCUGCGGCCGGUCGCUGCCCGUAUCAAUGUAAUCCCCAAAGCUACCGUCUCUUCUAAGAUUCACUGGAGGGCGUAUUUCAGUUUCAGGUCAUCUCCAAUGGGAUUCAGAAUUAGAGAAAGUAAAAUUUCAUGCCAAUCUUUCUUGCCUUCGUCUCGGCAUCGAUUCUCUUCCUUCUCUUCUCCAUUGAAAUCAGGCACUGGAGUUAUCCGAUGGUAUUUAAGGAAACUCGACACCUACCCGUUUAUCACUAAAAGUAUCAGUUCUUCGCUCAUUUAUGUGGCUGCUGAUCUAACCUCUCAGAUGAUUACAUUGCCAUCUCCUGGCUCUUUUGAUUUAAUAAGGACAACACGGAUGGCUGCUUAUGGAUUGCUGAUAUUGGGGCCAUCCCAGCAUUUGUGGUUUAAUUUCAUGUCCACGGUCUCACCAAGGCGAGAUUAUUUGUCAACUUUCAAGAAGAUUGUUCUAGGGCAGGCUGUGUACGGACCUACUCUUACCUCUAUUUUCUUCUCCUAUAAUGCAUCUUUGCAAGGUGAAAGUGGCAGUGAGAUUGCUGCUAGAUUACAGCGAGAUUUACUUCCAACAUUGUUAAAUGGACUCUUGUUUUGGCCAGUCUGCGAUUUUCUCACAUACAAAUUUGUCCCCGUUCAUCUACAGCCAUUGACAAACAGUUCGUUCGCAUAUAUAUGGACCAUUUAUCUGACAUACAUGGCUAGCUUAAAAGGAGUUGACAUGAAUUGAAGCAGUAGUAGAUUUGAAGAGACUGCCUUUUGUUUUCAUGGCUUGUUUAGCAACUACCUCUAUGAAGCAGAAGGCUUCCAUAUAGUGCUCGGUACAGUUGAUUACGAGGAUUUGAACCUUAGACCUUACGUAAAGAAAUACUAAGCUCACUUUGACCUAAUGAAAUACUUGAUUUGAUACGUUUAUUAGAUAAAUUUUGAUUAAAUUAGUGUGUCGUGUUAAAACCUCUAGACUUUGGUACAACUUUAAU